AUGUAUACAUACAAAUGUAACCUGUUCCGUGAGGGCACAUCAGUGGGAGCAAUCGACCCAAAGAAGGACUGGAGCUGGAACUUCACCGAUAUGCUGGGAUAUGAAGACCCUUACUUCAAAGAGAUGAUGAGGCUAUACCUUGCCAUUUAUAGUUGUUGUGUUGGUUACAAUGACCACGAGGGUGGUAAUGUCAGCGCACACACCUGUCAUCUGUUCGGCAGUGCCCUCUCAGACCCCUAUCUCAGCUUUGCUGCCGGGAUGAAUGGAUUGGCCGGUCCCCUUCACGGGUUAGCCAAUCAGGAGGUAUUGGUGUGGGUGACCAAGCUGAGAGAGGAGAUCGGAGACAAUGUCCCACCGGAGAAGUUGAGAGAAUACAUCUGGGAUACGCUGAAUAAGGGACAGGUGGUGCCAGGCUACGGCCAUGCCGUGUUGAGAAAGACCGACCCCCGCUACUGGGUACAAAGAGAGUUUGCUCAGAAGCACCUGCCAAACGACCCUCUCUUCAAACUGGUGUCAGAACUGUUUGAGGUGAUACCUGACGUUUUGACAGAGCUGGGAAAAGUGAAGAACCCUUGGCCCAAUGUGGACGCUCACAGCGGAGUCCUUCUGCAGUAUUACGGAAUGAAGGAGAUGAACUAUUACACAGUGGUGUUUGGGGUGUCCAGAUCUCUCGGGUGUAUGGCCUCCAUGAUCUGGGACCGGGCGUUCGGACUUCCCAUAGAAAGACCCAAAUCUUUUGACACACCAGGCUACAAGAAGCUGGUCAAGGCUUCAUAACGAUAACGAGUCCCUAGUAAAUGUUGUUUUUACAAUUUAGCCUCUUUUUUGGGGUAUUUUUUCUUGUUGUAGACUAGAACUGUGUUAACAGGUAUUUGAUACCAGCGUUAAGUUAUAUCAUACAUGGCAUGAGUUUAGCAAAAACGGAAAGUAAU